AUGGAUUCGUAUGUAAAUGCCGGGUGUCCAGUUUGUCAGAUUGACUUUGUUCUUCGAGCGGCCAAAGUCUUCGCCACGAAUAUAAUUAUGGACUGCAACUGCCAGAAGAACGAAAGAAAACCGAAAUUUCGUUCCUUCCCGAACAAAGCUUACCGGUGUUACGAAAAGACGGAGAUCGCACCGAAUGAGAAAAACGGCUGCAUUAAAUGCAAGGUUUGCAACAAUGAGUUUACAAACGAAGUGCAGUUCCUCGAACAUCUGACAGAGAAUCCGAAGUGCGAAAAGUUGACUUGUGACGAAUGUCGGAAACAGUUUAGUCAGAUCUGUCAUUUGAAUAUACACAAGUUAGAAAUACAUUCAAACGAAAAGAAAUUUAAAUGCGAAGAAUGUGAUUAUUGUACCGCACGUGGAUCAAACUUUAGAAGACACCAAAAUAAACACUCAAGAAAAGAAGUUUAUAAAUGUAGCUUUUGUAAUCAUUCAACCAUAUGGAAACAGAGUUUAGACUGUCAUAUUUUGCUAAAACAUUCGAAAGAACCGAAUUUCACUGAAAAACUUUCGUCGAGAUUUCUGGAUUUGGAAAAAUAUCGAUGCAAAGUUUGCCUGAAAUUUUGUCAUACUCCAUACGCUUUAAGCCGUCACGAAAUAAGUCAUACGGGAAAAAAACCGUUUCAUUGUGAUUAUUGUUUUCGAAGAUUUACACGACAAGAGAAAUUAAACAAACACAGGCGAAUAAUUCAUUCCACAGUAGAAAAACAGCCGACGUCUCAGCAAAUCACAGGAGAAGAUACAUCAAAAUCUUUUAAAAUCUCGGAACAGAGUAGGAUGUACACUUCUGCUGAAAUGUCAGCAACGACUUCCAUGCGAGAGGAACAUCUUGAAACAAACGAGAAAGAUAAAAGUUUGCAAUUUUCUGAAAGAUUAUGGCAAUGUCAUCAAUGUCUCUUUACUACAAACUCCGAGAAAGAAUGGUUCCUACAUAAACAGACACACGUUGACGAAUCUCCUUGCACGUCAAAGGAACAGGAAGAAACAGAUCCAGAAGUGGUCAGAGCAUCCGAAAUUCUUAUGGACAUGAGAAAGAAAAGAUUGGAGACGACAAAAGAUAAAAACAAAAGUCCUGAUUCCGAUACACCGCCAAGUUCACAACAUGCGAAUAUUUUGUUUUGA